AUGUAUAAUACAGAUUAUUCUAAUAUUAUGAUAUCAGUUUUGGAAAAAGAUACAUAUGAGGUAUCAAACAAGAAUCAGUUGAAUAAAGCAUUUAAUAAUAUAAAGAUUUUUAUUAAUGACAUGUUUUUGGAUGGAUUAAUAGAUAAUAGUCAAAAACAAUAUUUAACCAUGCUGACACCCAGAAUCCCAAAAAUUUUUGGGAUUCCUAAGCUCCUCAAGGACCCAUUUAAUCCACCAUUUAAGGCACUAGUGGAUGCAAGACAAUCCAUGACAUAUGCAUGUGCUAAACUAGUAGAUUCUACAUUGAAAAAUUAUGUAUGUAAAGAAAAACAAAUUCUUAAGGAUUCAUGGUCAUUUCUGGAAGAGAUACAAAACACAACAUUUGAUAUUAGGCAUAACUUUUUAACGGUGGAUGUUAUUGAUCUUUAUUCUUGCAUUGAUCUUUAUUCUUGCAUACCCCAUGAUUUAGGUACAGAAUGGGUUGUAGAUUUUAUUAGAUCAAAAGGGGCCACCACUAAUGAAUGUAUAGUGGUAGAACAACUAUUAGACAUCAUUUUGAAAUACAACUUUGUGUCCUUUGAAAAUGAGUUGUACAUACAAAAAAUAGGGGUAGCCAUGGGGUCACCAGUAGGCUCAAGCUUUGCAAAUUUAGUCAUGGCCUACUGGGAGACAAACCAUAUCUUUAAUAGCCAAUGGAAUAGUAUUAUUUUUACAUACAAAAGAUUUUUAGACUAUAUUUUUAUUAUUUUAAAAGGUGAACAAGAACAAGCAGACCAAUUAGUUGAUUUUUUUAAUACAACUUCCUCAUUCUUAAAGUUUACAAAAAACUACCAAGAUAAUACAAUUAACUUUUUGGAUGUGGAACUCAGUAAAAGUACAGAAGGCUACAUAGCAAACAUUUAUAGAAAGAGUACUCAUUCGAAUACUUUUCUUCACUACACAAGUGCUCAUCCUAGCCACCAGAAAAAAUCAGUAGUAAAAGGUCAACUUGUCAGGGCGGCUAGGAUGGUCACCUUAGAAGAGGACUUUGACAAAGAAUGUAACUCACUGUACCAUAAAUUUCACAGUAGAGGAUAUCCAUCAGAAUUUUUAGAUGAAAUAUUUAAAGAAGCCAUGAAGGCACCUGAGCUCAAGGAAAAAUUAGAAGAAUCAGAGAAACUUAUAAAGGAGCUAACAGUCACGUGGGAGGAAAAACUAAGAAAAACUGAAGAAAUUGCACAGGAAAGGCAGAAGCAGCUGGAGAGUAUGGGGAUUUCUCUGGAGUCUUCUGGCAUCAAAGUUGGAGAAGACAAGUGUUUCUUAGUUAAUCUGAAUGCUGAUCCUGCACUUAAUGAACUUCUUGUGUAUUAUAUAAAGGAUCACACCCUUGUUGGCGCAGAUACCUCUCAGGACAUACAGUUGUUUGGCAUUGGAAUCCAGCCUGAACACUGCAUUAUAGACAUCUUUACAGAUGGUGAUGUUAUUCUCACUCCUAAAGAAAAUGCCAGAACCUGUGUUAAUGGCACUUUAGUGGAUUCCAUUACUCACCUGUGGCAUGGAGACAGGAUUCUCUGGGGAAACAACCACUUUUUUAGAAUAAAUUUACCUAAGAGAAAAAGACGAGACAGAUUAAAAGAAGCUGAAGGGGAAGCAUCGUUUACAGAAUUAGAUGUCGAAACAGCAAGUGAAGCCUCAUCCGAACCAGAUUACAGCUAUGAGUUUGCUCAGAUGGAGGUUAUAAUGAAGACCCUGAAUAGUAAUGACCCUGUCCAAAAUGUUGUACAGAUCCUGGAGAAACAGUAUGUUGAGGAGAAACGCCAUGCACUUGAGGAGCAGAGAUUGAUGUACGAGCGAGAACUAGAGCAUCUCCGACAACAGCUGUCUCCAGAUCGGCAGCACAGGCACAGUAUCGACAGACUCUCAUACACAUCACAAACUGCUCAACAAAAAGUGAAGCUCUGGUCAGAAGAAAGGGAUGUACUGUUCUGCCAGAGCUUGGCAAAGUUACGUGAGCAGAUAGUGAAAGCCAACACACUGGUUCGAGAAGCCAACAUGUUAGCUGAAGAGCUGGAGAAGCAGACAGAUUAUCAAGUAACACUACAGAUCCCUGCAACCAACCUCAGUGCAAAUAGAAAGAGAGGAGCAAUAGUGAGUGAACCAGCCAUCCAGGUUCGGAGAAAAGGUAGAAGUACUCAAGUGUGGACCAUUGAGAAGCUGGAAAACAAGCUAAUCGACAUGAGAGAAAUGUACCAGGAAUGGAAGGAAAGUAGACCUGAGAACAGAAAACCUACUGGUAAGCGGGGAGAUCCCUUCUAUGAGGCUCAGGAGAACCACAAUCUUAUUGGAGUAGCUAAUGUUUUCUUGGAGUGCCUUUUUUAUGAUGUGAAACUACAAUAUGCCGUGCCUAUCAUCAGCCAGCAGGGAGAGGUUGCUGGCCGACUUCAUAUUGAGGUGAUGCGGGUCAGUGGAGCUGUUCCUGAGCGAUUAGUGGGUGGGGAUGAUUCUUCUGAGAACUCCAGCGAAAGUGGGAGUUACGAAGUAAUGGACAACAAUGGAGAUAUUGUUCAUAUGGCUAAAAAGCUAACCUGCAGGGUAAAAAUAAAAGAAGCAAGUGGCUUACCACUGAAUCUCUCCAACUUUGUGUUCUGCCAGUACACUUUUUGGGAUCAGUCGGAACCUGCUGUAGCCCCUCCAGUGGUCAACCCAGAUAUGCCUUCCCCUCAGAGUAAAGAAGCUCAGUUUACAGUGAAAUUUGGCCAUUGCAAGGAUUAUGUUGUCAGUGUGACAGAAGAAUUUCUGGAGUUCAUCUCUGAGGGUGCUCUAGCUAUUGAAGUCUGGGGUCAUCGAUGUGCUGGUAAUGGUCGGUCGAUUUGGGAGGUAGAUGCAUUACAAGCCAAAACAAGGACACUGCUGGACAGAUGGAGUGAAGUUACUCGGAGGAUUGAAAUGUGGAUAGCCAUACAGGAAUUAAAUGAGAUGGGAGAAUACACAGCUGUGGAAGUGCACCAAGCAAAAGAUGUCAACACAGGGGGCAUCUUUCAGCUUAGACAGGGCCAUUCCCGUCGUAUCCACGUGACAGUGAAGCCUGUGCAACAGUCUGGGACACUGCCAUUAAUGGUGGAAGCUAUUCUUUCCAUCUCAAUAGGCUGCAUUACUGCCAGAUCAACAAAGCUCCAAAGGGGCUUAGACAGCUACCAGAGAGAGCAAGGUGUUGGAGAUAUGGAUAGUUAUCAGGAGGAAGACUUGAAUACCAUCAGGGAGAGGUGGUCUGAAGCAUUGAUAAAGCGCAGAGAGUACUUAGAUGAGCAUAUCAAAAAGAUAAUUAAUAAACAAGAAAAGAUGGAAGAUGAUGUAGAGCGGGAGGCACGACUUGUUGAGCAGUGGGUUGGCCUGACAGAGGAGAGAAAUGCAGUGCUAGUUCCUGCCCCAGGAAGUGGUAUCCCUGGUGCACCUGCAGAUUGGAACCCACCACCUGGAAUGGAAGCACACAUACCUGUCCUCUUCCUUGACUUGAAUGCUGAUGACCUCACAGCAAAUGAACAUCUUGUAGGUCCCCAUGCAGCAGGUGUGAACUCUAUUCUACCAAAAGAACAUGGGAGUCAGUUCUUCUAUUUGCCAAUCAUCAAGCACAGUGAUGAAGAGGUUUCUGCUGUUGCAUCUUGGGAUUCUUCAGUCCAUGACUCCGUGCACUUAAACAGAGUAACCCAACAGUAUGAGCGGAUUUAUUUAAUAGUGAAAACCACUGUACAGCUCAGCCAUCCUGCUUCUGUGGAGCUAAUGUUACGGAAAAGAAUUGCUGUCAAUGUUUACAAUAAACAGAGCUUCACUCAAAGUCUAAAGCGAAGAAUGUCAAUGAAGAACGUUUUGUAUUCCUGUGGUGUAACGUAUGAGAUUGUAUCCAACAUACCAAAGGCCACAGAAGAAACUGAGGAUCGAGAAACACUGGCAUUAAUGGCUGCACGGAGUGAGAAUGAAAGCUCAUCAGAUGGAGAAACCUACAUUGAGAAAUAUACUCGAGGGGUGUUAGAGGUAGAGAGCAUUCUGAGUCUGGAGCGACUGAGGCAGGCAGUCACUGUUAAAGAAGCACUUUCAGCCAAGGGAAGACACAUACGGAGGAGUGUCAGCACACCAAAUGUUCAUCAAAUAUCCUCAAGUCGUUUGGACCUUUCUGGAUAUGACGAUGAUGAUAUCAAGGGGAGGUCAGAAAGUCAACUAGAUGUCUCUAACACUUCAGACUGCCAGGAUGCUUCUUUUUCUGGUACUUCAACACGUGAAUCCCCUCGAAAGAGCAAAGAGACUAUUGGUCCUACACCAGAUAGUCCACAUGGCUUAAUGGUUAGUCCUUUUAAAGCCUUUUCUCCUCAGACACCAAAAUUUUUCAAAUCCCUUAUGCCAGUGAAGGAGGAACACAAAGGGCAGAACCCUCUGGAAACCAGGCCUUUGCUGGACCAGGAGGGCAUGCCUCCACCUCAGGUGCAAAGUGCUGGCAUUGUGCCUUCUGGAAAUAGUGCCAGCAGCUUGACAGUAGAAAACAGUAGCAAACAUGGAGAGGAAGUUGAUUCUGAGGAAGACGAACAUGAUCUAGAGGUGUUGGAUAAUAAAAAUGUAGUUCGCCACAAACUGCACAGUUUUCAGCAGUAUGUUCCAGAGGACUUUGCAGACUUCGAAGUGUACAAUGCUAGCCUGGAAAGUAGGGAACUGACUUGCUGUAAGCCAGACUUCAGUUCCCGAGUGCUAGAGAAGGAGGUGUCUCGCAGUCCUACCACUAGUAGUAUGACCAGUGGCUACUUUUCCCACAGUGCCUCUAAUGUCACCCUGUCUGAUGUUCUAGUACCUAAUAGUGAAAGCACAGACCAGCUAGACAGUCAAGUGCAGAGCUGUGAAGCAUGUGAUUCUGCCUCUUCAUUAGUUCCAGUAGAUUCAAAACAUGCUGUGCAUAAGGAAACUGAAGAACAGCAGAGAAGUAAGACAGGUACUGUAACUGUGUUAUCCCAAGAGCAAAGUGGAUUACAGAAGGCUAUCAUUGAUUCUCCAGAGAUCAGAAAAACACGCUGCCCUACCCUACGCAAGAUAGACUCUUGUCCAGCACUGUAUUCUUCUCUUAGCUUAGUGAAACCCAAACCACGAGAAAUAGUAGAGUACCCUUUAGAUAUUGUGGAGGAUCAUGCUUUUACUGAAUUUAUGGGUGUAGAAGAUGGUAAGGCAAACUUUGAAGACUGUAGUAAUGCUUCAGUUUGCACAGUAGUACCUGUAGAUACUGAAAGAAAUUUGCACUACACUGCACCAAACUUGUUUGAAAAUACAUGCACUUCACAGAAAACCUUCUCAAAUCAUGUACCUUCUGUGCCACUCAGCAGUUUGCCAGACUGUGUUGAAAACCCAGAAAGCCUAAUCAAGGAAGAUACUUUCUGUGAAUACAGGACUUCACCUACAAACUCUUCUGUGCAUGAACCAUCUGCUGAAAAGAACCAUUCAUUUCUGUCAGACAGUGAAGACGAAACAUCUGUAGAGCAAGUGGAAACCUUACUAGACUGGGUUGCAGAGGGAGAGCAGGUCUGCAUAGGAAGUAAUACUGGAACUGUUCGCUAUGUUGGUCCAGUAGAUUUCUCACAUGGAACAUGGGUUGGAGUAGAACUCAGUGUUCCAGCAGGAAAACAUGAUGGCACUGUAAAAGGCAGGCGGUACUUCCAUUGCAGGCCCGGUCAUGGAGUAUUUGUUCGACCCAGUCGGAUCAUCAGAGCAGCAGCUUCAGGGACAGCCAAGAAACACAACAAGGCUUCAAAGUCUCAGGAAUCAUUUAAUAAAGAGAAGAGGAAAAGUGCUGUAAUUAUGGGAUCCUCUUCAGCCUCCAAGUCUGAAGGAACAGUGUUUCAUCGCCCACGAGACACUCUCUCUUCCACCUCCUCCUCCAAAAAGCAAGAGAACAGGAAAUCCUAGAUCACUUGAGCUUCUGUAUUUGCACUUGUUGCACAUUUGUGUAGAAAUCCUUUUGUGUUUAUUAUUGAGAAGGGCAGGUUGUAUGAAUUGUACAGAUGUACAGUUUUAAUCCACUGUUGUUGAAUGUGUGUAUUUUAGAGAGAGCAAGAGAAAAAGCUACAAUUUUAAGUUUUAUUUUUUUAAUUGUACUUGGUAUGUCUGCCUAAAAGCAGAUUGUUGCUGUACACUAAUAUACAUUUAACAAGGAAUCUGUAGAUACCAUAAGGUACCACAAGUUUUGUUACACAACGGCUUGGGAGAUGUAUUUUAAUUAAAAAAGAAGAAAAUAUUUUAUUGAAAAAAAAAAAACAGAGGAUGAAAAUCCUUAUUUAAAAAUGGUGUUCAUAAUUACCAAAGAACUUGUAUUACAUUCAGAUAUAUGUUUUCAUUUAUUUGUCCAGCCAUUACUCUUACUGUAACAAUUUUACUGUAACUGAUUGGUUUUAUUCUGAGGUAUAUGAUUUGGUACCACACUUUGUACAAACACUGUGCAUCAGUGCUGCCUUCUGCAUUAUAUAUUUAAUAAGCACACUGAAGUUAAAAAUUUAGUCUUGUCUUCCAUGAAGCCUUCCAUUUGUGCAGGUUUAACAGUAUAUUAAAAUGGUAUCAAGUAGACUUACAUUCAGUCAAGUGAGAGCCAAGAUUUUGCCAGAAUGAAAUUACAUUAAAAAAGUUAUAGUUAGCUCAGAGAGAUAUGAAGCCGUAUAUGACCCAAGAUCAAUUAGUGGUGUGAGUACUGGAGGCUAAUGUGUAUUGGGGUUAGUGGACAUCAUUAGUUAAGAUAGCUGGGGGUGGGGGCUUCUUGGCCCACUGCUUUGAUGAUGCCAGAAGAAGGCUGGCAGUCAUUUUGAAACUCAAGCAGCUGUUGCGCCAGGUGUGCACAUGCCCUGCAGAACACUGUAGUUGCAGUAGUGCACAUGCUUCAAAGGGCAGCAUUACAAGUUCUGCAUGACAUAAGAUGGGGAUUAGGACUCAAAUAGGAAUAUAAACCACACUACCAUUGGGGGUGCUGAGUAGUUCCCAGGCAUGGGGACAGGGUCCUCCCUUAAACAUGGGUGGCCCUGUUGUAGGGAAUGUUGAUGCAGAUCCUCAUGGCCUCCAAAUAAAGACCUAUCCAUGUGGUGUGGAGCAGAGUACUGUGUGGGUGACACUGAGGAAGGGGACCCCAAACCUCUCUUCACAUUCAUUUAUAUAUAUAUAUAUAUAUAUAUAUAUAUAUAUGCAUGCAAAUUACGUGAGAAUGGUAGUUGAUGCAGCAAGCAGGAAACCUUUCUUUUUCACAUAUAUUUCUCAGGUCCACUGUGGGAUUAGUAGAAGCCUGAUAGUGUUUCAGAAAGAGUAUUUAGCAUAGAGAGAAUUAGGAACAUUUCUCACCUGUACAGAUGUGAGCACACUCCUCCAGAUGGAUUGUUCAUUACAGGAUCUAUAUCAGAAGAUAAAAUGGCCAGAUUAUCAAAACCAAGAAGAUUGAAUCUCGGAACGCUGGACUGGCCUAUCCGCUAGAAGGCGGCAUCUCAAAAUACAGUGUUUUUGUAUGGGGGCAAGCCCCCCUGUUCCCCCCCACCCCUACUUAUUAUAUAUAGCAACUCAGAGAUUCGUCCAUAUUUGGGAAAGAGCAGACAACCAACACAAAAAAAAUACUGGCUUCCAGAGGAGAAGCCAGUUCGAUGUUCUGAGAUUCGAUAAUCUUGGGUUCGAUAAUCUGGCUGUUCGAUCUUCUGACAUAGACCUGUUCAGUAUACUAAGCAUAAUGGAUUUAACAAGUUAUUUGCAAUGUCAUACAUUUCCGCAUCUGAUGUUUGAGCUGUUUAGGAACUCAUCUGAAUAAAGGCUGAGCUAGUAUGAUAAACGUUUUCAGACACUUGCAGCUGUUUAAUAAUAGGGGGCUGUCAGACAUCAAACAAAAGUUUUGUUCACGUAAAUUUUGAUGCUUGGCCAGUUAUAUAGUGCAGCUGGCUUUUUCAUUAUGUCCCUGAAGGUACAGGAUUGCUGUGGCUUAGAGUGGAAUUUAGCAGAAUGGAGUGGUCCGGACAUGAGUGAAGAGACCUUCCUUGAGCAGCAAACUGAAAACUUGACUAACCAGGUACAACAAUGUUGUGCCCAGGGUAGUGCAGUUUUUGUGAGGUACUCAACAUAACUUUGUGUUCCUGGCUUUUCAUUACUCUGUCGGUUAUAUACCCCUAUUUUGCAUGCUUCCUAUCUUGCAGUUUAUCCUGAACAGUGAUGAUGUGCAGCCUUGAGGGUUGAGAAUGGCUGCUGCAUAUUGCAGACAGGAACAACUCCCUCCCAUGUUUAAACUACCAGAUUUGGAAGUCACCCAAAGUCCUACGUUUAUACUUUUGUGCAGAAAGGUAUGAAUUGCAUAAGAACCUCAGGAAAUGAGUCAACUUAUCAGAAGUUGUAGAAGGGAUACUCUUUAAUACUUCCUCGAAUCCGGGUGUUAUGCAAACAGUUUGCCUUUCUUAAAAGAAAGCAUCCAUCUUUUGUGUUUUUUUUGGUGCUAGUCUCCACUAGUGUAUGUCCAGGAAGUUGGGAUAUGAAGUGAACUGAGAUACAGUCAUGACAGUGUUUGUCCCCCCCCCCCCCUCCAUUAUGACCCUUUCCUCCCAACAGACUAAAUCCAUCAUACUGCCAAGAAAACACCCGUCAAAACACUCAACAGUCAUACACUGUUUCCCAGGUAGCAAAUUAUUUUCCGUAUAGUCAUAUUAAAAGAACUAGGGUAAACACAGAUGAACAUAACACCUUACAAAUACUUUCUCACACCAGUAUAACACUAAAACUUAACAGUAUAGAAUAAUUGAACUAAGAAGGCUACUACAAGGAAUGGAGGAAGGGAAUCUACUGACAUGCUGAGUACAUUACACAAGAGUACUAUGUCACUGUCCGUGCCUGUGCAGUGCUGUUGUUAGGCAGAAUGCCGGACUAUGUUUCCAGAAAGGAAAUAAGAGACCUCGGCUUGUAUCCCUAGGAUGACCACUGUAACAAAACCAACACCAAGUCUUGGAACUGUGCUCCAAUUUAUAAUGCUUGGAUCAGUGAACAUGCUGCUGUUUCACAAAAAGCACUAGAUAAGAAAGAAAGUAGUGGAAUAGCCGUCAUAUUUCUUUAGGUAGGUUCACUUUAACAGUAAAUUACAAAACUUGAAUUUGUCCACUUUGUUUUUCUGUAGUCUAGCUGGAUUGUUGUAGGAGUGGCUCUUCCCUUUGGGGGGGACUGUUGCUGCUCUUGAACCUUUGAAGUAGCUGAUUCUGCUGGCAUGAACCCUCCAGAAUAAGACUGUCUCUGUGUUGCUCUGGUUUGUUCAGUUCUUGUUUCCCGAGUAACUUAUGGUCUCUCAUUUGCAGUGUAUGCAUUUACUACAGUAGAAUAGUUUGUGCUUUACACAGAUAACCUUGUUUUGACAGAAACAAAAUAACAUUUGUAUAAUGUUUUUCCAUUCAAGAAAGGAAAUAAUUUUUUGUCAUGAAAAUAAGUUUGUCUUGUAGCCUAGAUCAGUAAGCAUGCACGUUUGUAGGAAAGCUGCCACAUCUAGUGCUUGUUCUGCUUGGGGUCCAGGUAUGAAGUAGAAAAUUGUCAAGAUUUUGUCUCAUAUUUAAUAAAACAAUUGAAAUGA